ACACAUCACUGUAAUUAAAGUACUUAAUGAUCUUAACCCAGUACUGCUUUUUGGUUUCCCGAUGCGAAAGCCCUCUCCCCCGGGUUGUAUUCAUAAUGCAGCACAAGAAUCAAGAUGAUGGAUGGGAUGCUGUCAUUGUCGUGGAAGAAUCACAGUUCAACUUUUUGUCAUACCAUAGCAGCGUUAAGAGACAAAGAAAGAUACACAGAUGCCACAGUAGCAUGUGAUGGAAAGUUUUACCCAGUGCACAAGUUAGUGUUGUCAACAUGUAGUGAAUACUUUGAGGAAAUGUUUGAGCACACACCAUGUAAACACCCAGUCAUAGUAUUGAGAGAUGUGCAGUGUGAUGAACUCGAAGCCAUUUUGAACUACAUGUAUGCUGGUGUGGUUAGUGUGGCACAAUCUGAUCUGUCACGGCUGAUUAAAGUGGCAGAGCUUUUAAAGAUUAAAGGUUUAGCAGUGCCAGAUGAGCCCGCAGAAACGAAGACGUGCGAGGAACGAACUAGCUCUAGAAAUAAGAGAACUAGUCCCCCUGGUAGGAGCAAAACCCUUCCAGUAGCCACAGAUCAAGUGAAUAGUCCCAGUGCAAAGAGAAGGAAAACUCAGGAAUCAUUAACGCCAUUGCCAGCCUCCAGGGGGAGUGACGCUGAGUGGUUAAAGGAUUGCUCAAGGGGAGAACAGCAGAACGUGGAUCAGUCGUGUAUUGCUGAUGAAGAGAGAAUGAGAGAGAGUUCUCCCACUGAGGAUGCUUUGCACCCUGAGACACAAGAACUCCACAUCAAAGAUGAAAUCAUUGAAAUCAUAAGCUGCAGCGACUCAAAUCAAGACGACACAGGGCUGAACUUCGGGACUGUUACGGAAGAUAGUAAAGAACCAGAAACACUGGACGGCAACUGCCAGGACGAAGUGAGCUUGCUGAUUCCUAAGUAUGAAAGCUCUGGAUUGGACUCUCAAGGUGCCGGACCGCUGAUCAGCCAGCCUAUGUUCUCUGACGGACUUGGAGGCGCAAUGUCAGGCUCUUCUGAUAUGCAGGCAUGGUUUCCGGACCAAGAAGCAGCAAGUAGUGUAGUGAUGGACGGUGAAAACACAAAUACGGGUGACACAAACCUUCAGGUAGCAAAAAUGGCAGACAGUUUAGCAGACAUAGAGGAGAUUAACCUAAUUGAAGAGAUCAUCGAAAAUAUAGCGGCGCUGCAGCCUCCUCGAGCGGCCUUAACAGAGAGAAAUAAUGUGUUCUUGAGUCUCAAUGAUGAAGAAUUCGUCGCCAGGUUCAGAUUAUCGAAGGAGAGUGUGAAGUUCAUAUUGAACGAGAUUCAUUUUCCUGAAUUUCACGACGGCAGAGGUGCCUCCGUACCGUCACACAUAAGGCUUCUUAUAACCUUGAGAUGGAUGACUACUGGCGGAUUGCAGCUGGCCAUUGCAGACGAUUUCGAAGUCUCGCAGCAGUUUCUCAGCACCUGCGUCAAAGAAACGCUGCAGUCCAUAGCAAGCAAUUUCCACCGCUAUGUCCAGUUCCCCGACAGCCAGGCCAUACAAGCCGUCAGUCAGAAGUUCCAGGACAUCGCUGGCUUUCCCGGCGUGCUCGGGGCCAUCGACUGCACGCACAUCCCGAUCGAGAGUCCGGGCGGGGAGCGCGCCGAGGAAUUCAUAUGCAAGAAGGGGUUCUUCUCCCUCAACGUCCAGGGCGUCUGCGGGCCCAACCUGGAAUUCUACAACAUCGUUUGUCGCUGGCCCGGGUCCGUCCACAACAGCAGGAUCUUCGCCAACAGUGACCUGUGCAGGAAACUGGAACAGGGCCAGUACGUAGGGCAUUUGCUCGGGGAUUCGGCGUACCCUCUCCGCCCGUACCUCAUGACGCCCGUGACCAACCCCACGAGAGAGGCGGAAUUCAAGUACAACACGGCCCACGCCAAGACGAGUAACAUCGAGAUGGCGUUUAGCAUGUGGAAGAGAAGGUUCAGGGUCCUGUCUUCGCAACUCCGUACAAAACUGAAUACCUCCAUGAUGGCUAUUUGCAGUGCGGCUGUUUUGCAUAAUAUCGCGAUCAAGCACAAGGAUGCUCUUCCAGAGAGCGAGGACGUGGAUUGCGAGGUUGAUGUCCGUAAAGAUGACAAUGAAAGGGAAGGAAUUUGUAACUUGAGCACAACGGAAGGGCUGAGGAAGAGAGCAGCCAUCAUAAAUACUGUGUAUUCGUAAAAAAAUAUGUACUGUGUAGGGACACAUGUAUGCUUGUGUGCGAGAGGGAAUGGCGUAUAC